CAGAAGCUGAGCAACGAGGGCGCACCGCAGCCGGCUCAAAACACCUCUAAUGAAUUUAUUUUACGCCGCACAUGGACUAUAAAACUCUGAACGCUUCGAAAUGGAUACUUGCGUUUAUUUUGACAUUGCACUGGAGUAUUUUGAUUAAGGAUAACCCCGCGAGUGUUCAAAUCUUGUCUUUAUGCCAGUAACGGUGAAUUUCAGUGAGCCGUGGUUUGUGGAGAAAAACUACACCUAGGUUUUGGUAAGGUCUCUAUGAACUGUGUCUAGGUAUUUGUAUUCGUGGGUAGAAAAAUAAGACCAGAACUACUUUUAGAUCCUACCCUUGACUAAAAUGUGAUUCUUUGGCUGUCUGCGCGCUAGACAGACUGAGCCACCCAAAUACCCGCUGGAUACUCUCCAAAGGAACGUGGAUUUACUACUUCUCAAAUCUUUACUACGAAUACGUGGGCGCUGCUUUCUGGGGCUGUUUGCCAAAAUGACCAUCGCGUUCAUAAAGUCGAAGAAGCGCGAAGACUGAAGAAUCAACCCCAUAGUUUUUCAAAUCCGAGCACAUUUUCCAGAUCAGCUACACUGGAAAAAAUGGAAAGCGAGGUUUUCACCCCUUUGCUGGAGCAGUUUAUGCUCUCACCCCUUGUCUGCUGGGUGAAGACUGUGGGGCAGCUUACAGUGACAGAUGGGACCAAAUUGUCGGAAUAUAUUGAAUUAGUGGACGGGAUUUACCUGAACGAGAUCAUGUUGGAGAUAAACCCCAAGGCCACAGUGCAGAGGACCAACAAGAAAGUAAACAAUGACUCCACACUUCGGAUCCAGAAUCUAUCCAUUCUUAUCAGGCAGAUUAAAUCCUUUUAUCAGGAAAGUCUACAACAGCUGGUGAUGAUGCCUUUGCCAAAUGUGCUGGUCCUAGGUCGAAACCCUCUUUCAGGAAGUGCCUCUGCUGAACCCACUCAUUAUAAUACUACUUGCUUAUCUGAGGUGCAAGGCUUGGAUGAAAUGAAGAAAUUACUGUUGCUGCUAUUGGGCUGUGCUGUCCAGUGUGAAAAGAAGGAGGAAUAUAUUGAACGAAUCCAGACUUUGGAUUUUGACACUAAAGCUGCUAUAGCAUCACACAUUCAAGAGGUUACUCAUAAUCAGGAAAAUGUGGUGGACCUACAGUGGAUGGAAAGUGGAGACGUGCCCCCUGAAGACCUAGACAGUCUCUCCCGAAAUCUGGCGUUCCACCUGAAACACUUGGUGGAUGAGAGAGACACACAACUAGAGACCAUUGUGGAGCUGACUCAGGAAAGAGACUGUGUGCAGUUGUCUCCGCUAGGCCCAUGUCCGGCUCAGUCCCCCAACGGCUCCCCCAGUCUGAGGAGGACUGAGAGCCGCCAGCACCUCUCUGUGGAGCUGGCCGACGCCAAGGCCCGGAUCAGACGACUACGGCAGGAGCUAGAGGAGAAAAGUGAGCAGCUUUUGGACACCAGGCAGGAGCUGGAGAACAUGGAAGCAGAGCUGAAGAGGGUCCAGACGGAGAGUUACCAGCUGAUGUCCGAUGCCCGGUCAGCACGAGCCUACAGGGACGAGCUGGAUGCACUUCGGGAGAAAGCGCUGCGUGUGGACAAAUUGGAGAGUGAACUGUGUAGAUACAAAGAGAGACUCCAUGAUAUCGACUUUUAUAAGGCCAGAGUCGAGGAACUGAAAGAAGACAAUCAGAUUUUGCUGGAGACAAAGAACAUGUUGGAGGAACAACUGGACACGAGCAGGAGCCGUGCCGACAAACAUCACCACCUGGAGAAGGAAAAUCUGCAACUCAAAUCAAAACUGCACGAUUUGGAGACGGAGCGUGACUUGGACCGUAAGCGCAUGGAGGAGCUGUUGGAGGAGAACCUGGUGCUGGAGAUGGCUCAGAAGCAGAGCAUGGAUGAGUCUCUGCACCUCGGAUGGGAGUUGGAGCAACUCUCCAAAACACCAGACCUGACUGAUGUCCCUCAGAAGUCUUUGGGAGAAGAGGUGAAUGAGCUGACGUCCAGCCGUUUGUUGAAGCUGGAAAAAGACAACCAGACUCUGCUGAAGACUGUGGAGGAGCUCAAAGGGGCAGCAGCCCAGGACACCACUGCCAAACUGGCCAAAGCAAACCAAGAAAACCAGGCUCUAAAGCAGAGGCUGGAGCAGCUGGAGAGUGAGCUUGUGGCUGACAAAGACUCACUGCGCAGUUCUGAGUCUCUGAGCACGGAGCUAAUGAAGGAAAAGGCUUUACUGGAGAAGACCCUGGAGACACUCCGGGAGAACUCCGAGAGACAGAUGAAGGAUCUGGAGCAGGAGAACAAACACCUGAAUCAGACUGUGGCAUCUCUGAGACAGAGGUGCCAGGUCGGAGCUGAGGCCAGGGUCAAAGAUGUGGAGAAGGAGAACAGAGUUUUGCAUGAGUCCAUAUGUGAAACCACUGCCAAACUCAACAAGCUCGAGUUUGAAAGGAAACAAUUACGAAAGGAACUGGAAGUGGUGAAAGAGAAGGGAGAGCGAGCAGAGGAGCUGGAGGUGCAGGUGCAGAAGUUGGAAAGGGAAAAUGAAGGUCUGCAAAAGAAGGUGGCAAGUUUGGGGAUCACCUGUGAGAAGGUUUUGACUUUGGAGAAAGAAAACAUUGAGUUGGAGGCUGAACGCCGUUGUCUGAAAAAGAAGUUGGACACAUUGAAAAAUAUGGAGUUUCAGUUGGAAGUUUUGCAGAAGGAUAAUGCACAGAUUGAACAAGAAAACCUGGAUUUACGUCGCGCUGCUGAAACCUUGAGAUCAGCCGGUGCAAAGGCAGCACAGCUCGAGGCGGAGAACAGGGAGCUGGAGAGUGAGAAGAGCCAACUCAAACGCAGUCUGGAGCUCCUCAAGGCCUCCAACAAGAAGAAUGAGCGAUUAGAGGUGAGUUACCAGGGCCUGGAUACUGAGAACCAGCGCUUGCAGAAGGCCUUGGAGAACAGUAGCAAAAAAAUCCAGCAAUUAGAGGCAGAACUUCAGGAAGUAGAGACAGAAAAUCAAACGCUACAGCGCAGUUUGGAGGAGCUCAAGAUCUCAAGUAAACGCCUGGAGCAGCUAGAACAAGAGAACAAAGUGCUUGAGCAGGAAACGUCGCAGUUGGAAAAAGACAAGAAGCUUCUGGAGAAAGAGAACAAGCGUCUGAGGCAACAGGCUGAGAUCAAAGAUUCCAAACUUGAUGACAACAACCAGCGGAUCUCAGCACUGGAGAAGGAAAACCGCACCAUGGGCAAAGAGAUGAUUUUCUUCAGGGACUCUUGCACCAGAGUCAAAGACCUGGAGAGGGAGAACAAAGAGUUGCUCAAACUAGCCAGCAUUGACAAGAAGACGCUCAUCACACUCAGAGAGGAGCUUGUGAGUGAGAAGCUGCGGACUCAACAGAUGAAUAACGAUCUGGAGAAACUGACACAUGAGCUGGAGAAAAUCGGACUAAACAAAGAGAGACUGCUACAUGAUGAGAGCUCUGAUGAUAGGUUUAAGCUCUUGGAGUCAAAGCUUGAGUCGACUUUGAAGUCAUCUUUAGAGAUCAAAGAGGAGAAGAUCGCUGCUCUGGAGGCCAGAUUACAGGAGUCUUCAAACCUUAACCAGCAGCUUCGACAAGAGCUCAAGACAGUGAAGAAAAACUAUGAAGCUCUGCGACAAAGGGAAGAGGAGGAAAGGAUGGUCCAGAGCUCGCCCCCUAAAGGGGGGGAGGACCAAAAGUCUGUAAAUAAAUGGGAGAAGGAGAGCCAUGAGGCCACACGAGAACUGCUGAAAGUCAAAGACCGGCUUAUUGAGGUCGAAAGGAAUAAUGCUACACUGCAGGCAGAGAAAGCUGCUCUGAGGAGCCAACUCAAACAACUAGAAACUCAGAGCUCCAACCUCCAGGCUCAGAUUGUGGCUCUACAGAGACAAACCGCCUCUCUCCAGGAGAACAACACAACACUGCAAACCCAAAAUGCAAAGCUUCAGGUUGAGAACUCCACGCUGAGCUCCCAGAGUGCGUCCCUGAUGGCCCAGAAUGCCCAGCUGCAGAGUCAGCAGAGUGGGCUAGAGGGGGAGAGGGAGGGGGCUUUGAGGGAGAAGGAGGAGAUCCGGUCCACAUAUGAACUGUUGCUACGGGACCAUGAGAAACUGGCUGCCCUCCACGAGAGACAAGCUGCUGAGUAUGAGGCUCUCAUCGGUAAACAUGGAGGAUUGAAGAGCUCACACAAAAAUCUGGAGCAACAGCACAGGGACCUGGAGGACAAGUACAAGCAGCUGUUACAGAGGAAGGCAGAUCUAGAGCAUUUAGAAACAAAUCUGAAGGAGCAGCAAGAAAAAAUGGCAUCCGAAAAUGAGGCUCAUCAGGCUACAGCUGACAAGUGCAGACUGCUCAAAGAAGAAAAUGACAGACUUAACACAACAUAUCAACAGCUCAUGAAGGACAAUGAGACUCUGCAGCUUGACCAUAAAAACAUAAAAAGCCAACUGAACAGUGCCAAGUUGGACCAGACCAAACUGGAGGCAGAGUUCUCCAAACUGAAGGAGCAGUAUCAACAACUGGACAUUACAUCUACUAAACUCACCAACCAGUGUGAGCUGUUGAGUCAGCUCAAAGGAAACCUGGAGGAGGAGAACCGUCACCUGUUGGACCAGAUCCAGACUCUGAUGCUACAGAACCGCACUCUCCUGGAGCAGACCAUGGAGAGCAAGGACCUCUUCCACGUAGAGCAAAGACAAUACAUAGACAAGCUAAAUGAGCUGAGGAGACAGAAAGAAAAACUUGAGGAGAAGAUAAUGGACCAAUAUAAGUUUUAUGACCCUUCACCUCCACGCAGGCGUGGAAACUGGAUCACUUCGCAAAUGAGGAAGCUGAUAAAGCCAAAGAGGGAAAGGAUGCGCUCGCUCACCUUGACCCCGUCCCGCUCAGAGUCUGGAGACGGUCUGGCUCUGCCCCUGGACAGUCAGGACAGCUCCUCUAUCGGCUCAGGCUCCAACUCUCUGGAUGACACACUCACUCACAAGAGGAGUAACACUCUAAAAAGGUUGCCUUUCAUGAGGAACAGAUCGAAGGAGAAAGACAAGGCCAAGGCCAUCUACCGGCGCUCCAUGUCCAUGAAUGACCUGCUGCAGACCAUGGCGGUGGCAGGGGGACCUGAGGCACAGUGGGCGCUCAGCAUUGACAACCUGGAUGGAGGAGAAUCGCUGGACUCUACAGGGUCCACACGACGCAAUGGACAGAGACUGAAAGAGCUUGCUUUAUCAUCCAACGCUAUUGACUGUGAGGCUCUUACACUGCCCUCUUCAGGCCACGGCAGGAACAAACUCCGGAUCAGGGUCAAAGACGGUGCUUCCUGUGAGGAUGUGGCUGGCUCCACUGAUGAUCCUAAGAGUCAAGACUUGAGUGUGGUGUGCAAAGUGCCCUGUAGCAUCUGCACCUCCAGACCCUCCAGUCUCCAUAGCAACAGGACCAGUAGUAAUAGUAACAAUAACUCGCACCUCACCUCUCCCCUGGAGCCCAAAGGCACAUUAAAUGGCAGCCUGAGCCGGCCCCACAGUGAGAGCAGUGGAGAAUUCAGCCUGAGCCUGGACCAGGACGUGUGGUCCAGCAGCGGCAGCAGCCCAGUGCAACAGCCCUCCAUGUCACGCACCUCUCACCAGAGCCCUCUGCAGUUGCGGCGGUCUGUGGACCCAUCCACAACAGUCCUGGGACAGACCCAGAUCAGGAAGAACGGCUCCCCCGGCAGUGAGGUGGUGUCCCUGCAGCAGUUCCUUGAUGAGGGGAUAGACCCUACAGAGCAGUCUGGCAGUCAGGAGAACCUCACAGUGGACUCUCCUCGCCUCUCCACGUCCUCUGAUCAUGGAAUGAAGGAGCGUCCCGCCACAAAAGGCAGAGGGAUCUUGCGCUCCUCCAGUGGUCGAGCGGCUCCUGUCAGCUCUGAGCGCCCUCCCAGGUCCUCCAUGCAGCCUGGACGCCCUGCUCUCCGUAAAGCUGAGAGCACCCGUGUGAAGGGCACUGUCCCGCGCCUGUCCACUCAGACCAAAGCCUUGUCUGUCUCCGACCGCCUGGACUCCACCUCCUCCACCCUGCCCCGGGCCAGCAGUGUCAUCUCCACAGCAGAGGGCACCACACGCCGCACCAGUAUCCACGACAUGCUCUCCAAGGACAACAGACAGCCUGUGUCUGUGGACUCAUCUCCUCCAACAGCACCCACUAAGGCGGGACUGCGCUCCCAGCCCACCCCCAGUGAGUACCACCCCAACAGCAGCACCGCCCCAUUGCCCAAGUCCCUGAGCUUACCCUGCCACAGCCUGGACGACCCUGAGCUCUCCAAUCUAGAGUCCCUCCUGGGCCCCUCCUUCACUGUGGAGUCUGUGUUCAUGGACUCUAUCUUUAGUGAGUCCUCUGCUAAAAACCUGCCCUUCCUGUCCCUGAAUCCCAGUUUAGUCAGUAACAUCAGUGGCCCCCCUAAAGCGCAACCCAGCACUGCCCCUCUGUCCCACACUCGGGGGUUUGAGCAGAGCAGUAGUCCAGACGAGCCUGUGAGCCCAGAGGAUCAGUCGCUGUGGUACGAGUACGGCUGUGUGUAACACUCAGAAACACUGAUGCAUGAUGGUCCGACACUGUCACUGUGGGGGCUUCUGUUGGUGUGGAGUAGGGACUGUCACUUCCCUCUUUUGUUCACUUCAGUUGGAAAUAAUGUUGUGUCCAGCUUUUACCAUUGUGUUUCCCUCUUUAAACUGGUUCACAGACGAGCAUGAUGUAAAGGGCUUUCUCUGGUUUUAUGUAAGUGUUUUGUGAGGUGUCACUUCAGUUUGUUGCAUUUUAUCCCAGAAAGAGUCUGGCAAAGACAAAGCAAAAUGUGGUCAUUUUGUGUUUGUUUGUUUGUUUUAACUCACACUCACUGCUUUUGUUUCUUACUAAACUGCAUGGCUUUGUUAUGAACUGUUGAAAAGUCAUUUUGAUUUUUCAAUCAAAAUGGGGUUCAAAGUUGUUGUUUUUAUUUUGUCAAUGUGACACUUUUUUUGUAUUUUUCUUUGUGGUGGAUGUUUCAUUGGAUCAUGAAAAAUUCCAAGACUUCAUUCACAAUGUCCCGAAAUCUGAGAUGGUCAUUUUGGAAAAACAUCAAAUUUUGAUUGGAAAAAAAAUUUUGGGAAUGAAGCAUCACUGGAAAAAUAACUUAAACCAAUGCAUCAGUGAUGGGAAAAGUGCUUAUAUUUGAGAUUGCUCUUGUACAGAUUAUUGUAAACAUUUAUUUAUAUUAUAUUCAUAUGACGAACACUGCUCUGCGUGUCAAUGCUAGAAGUACUUUCAGUUUGUUUAUUUAUUUUAUUAUUAUUUCAGCUUCUUUGGUUCUUUUUAUUUUUACUUACUUUAAUUUGGGUCAUACAGAUGUAACGUGACCGUUGCCUUUGUCCCGCAGAUGUCGAGGGCAGAAAGUCUAAAAGCAGGAGCGGGGAGCCCCAGUCAGGCCGCUAACCCCGCCCCGUGGUCGAGUGUGUGCGCUCACAUGCUGAGCGCGUGUGGUGAGUGUGUGCCCAGUGGGAGGGGCCAGCGGAGCAAACGGGUGUGGGUUUGGGGGUGUCCUGUCUCCAUGGGAACCUUAAACAUGGUGUAACAGAUGUCAUCCAUCCUGCUUCUGUAAACCGCGUGCCCCUCACUGUCCCUGUCUGUCGCCUUCUACCACACGGAGUUCCUGUCCAGAGCCUGAUGGGACUGUCCAACAGGGCAUAUGGGCCCCUUGCACCACCUUCUCUGAUUGGUCAAACCCUUUGCCUCUAAAUACCCCUUAAAUCUCAGCUGCUGUCUCAGACCCUCCCGCUGCUCCACAAGGUGACAUUCCCCUGUGUUUUUAACAGUGAAAACACAAGUCGCUCCUUUGUGCUUCAGGCUGCUUCCUUCCUGCAUGGCUUUGGCCCUCUGGCUAAAUCCUUUGGCACUGCAUGUAACUCCAGGCCUCUGUCCCUUCAUCUAAGAUGUAACAUUGCUCUACUUUUCUAACUCUGCUUAUUUUUUCUUCCUGUUUUAUUCCUCUUCUUUCUUUUCUCUUUCUGGCCUGCCUGGAAUCUAAAGACAAAGGUGGCCUUGGAGCUGUGUGUUGAAGAUUUAUAGACUUAAGACUCCAGUAAGAAGAUUGUAUAUGUCCGGGUUUUGUAUGUAAACAUUUCAGUAGAGAAAAGUACUUCCUUCUCUGUUCAGUUUUUGUUUUUUCCUUGAAUCAAGGAAACUGUGGAAAGGCGCUGAAGAAAAUCAUGGUGACUGUUUUGUAAAGUUGAGGCAGAUUGUCUUGCCACUGUAUUUGACAUGCACUAAAGGUUUAUAGUGCCAAUACUCACCACAGCCAAAAGGAGGACUCUGAAAUGCCCCUGGAUCUUCACAUGGACUUUGUGACUGGAACCUGGGAAGCAGCACUUCUGUCCUGCUCUUAAGCCAUAGACUAUAGCAAUCCAGUUUGGCGUGUACAUUUUAAAAGCAUGUUGGCACAAACCUUUGCUCAAAUGAACAAUCAGACUGCAUGGAGCAAUCAAAACCACAUACCCAGACUCAAGGACAUCACAGAGAAUCCUUGGAAGGAAAGCCAUGGCUUGUGAUUGAUACGAGGCAAGAAACUCAAUGGACACACACUACAUAUUUACAUUAUAUCUUAAAGUCCUUGUCUUUCUGCUUAAUCAUUAUUCAUUAAACAGGCUCAGCCAGUCUUAAAUAAAAGCACAGAUUAUUGUUACUAUAGACUGGGUGACAGCCUGUCCAGUGCUGACAUGUUUUUUCUGUUUCAAUUUUACAAAAAUCUCUUGAUGUUAUUAAAAUCAUCAAUUGUAAAA